AUGUUUCUACAAACACAGCGCUAAACCCUCAUUUCAGUCCUCCUAAUAUCGUUACAGAGCAUUUAGUGCUCUCCAACCUUGUUCCUGAAGGGCUACUGUCCUGUCGAUUAGGCUGAAACCCUAAUCUAGCGCACCUGAUUCUAAUAAUUAGCUGGUUGAUGAGCGGAACCAGGUUAGUUCCAACUGGGUUUGGAUUGAAAACCUACAGAAGGAUCGUGCUCCAGGAACAGGGUUGGCUGAUCCAGAGGCAGCAGGGCGCCCUGGGUCUCAAAUUGCACCUUAUUUUCCCUAUAUGCCUCAAACUCCGCUCUGGACCUUGAAGCCAGUUCCACUGCAUAUUUUUGUUCCCCUCUUAUCAGGGACUGAUUUACACCAGGUCCAGGUGUGUGCAGUUAAUUAAUUGUCAGGUAUAAUUAUUCAUGAAACUUUGUCUAACCCGAAGGUUGAAAAACGUCUGACUUCCCAGAUUUGAGUAAAGUAGGUUUUGUGUUACAUACGACCUCCAUACGUUUUGUUUUAAAGCAGUUAGGUGGCAGACUGCAAUUAGUCCACCAGGGGGCAAGUGUACAUUUCAAGGGUAAACCUGUUCAUAAUAGAAUGAGUUUCGACAGUUUAUCUGAGGCUCUCAGAGGAAGGAAGAGGUACACCACUGUCUCAACAUAUUUUGCAAUCAGUCCGUACACCCGUUUGAAAAACAUCGGCUGCUAGGCGUUGACAUUUUAACGUAGUUGUGGUUAAUGUGUAAAUUGGGAUUCAAAACUGAGGAUAAACAUUGAUACAAAUGGGUGGCUCAGGAUCUGAUGAACAGGACUGCGCCGUUGUAAUCCGCAGAUCAGUGUGGACUGUAGCGCUACAUUCCAAAUGUCACCCUAUUUGUCUGGUCAAAACUAGUGCAUUUUGUAGUGAAUAGGAUGCCAUUUGGGACAGAUCCUCUCAACCCAACUUUACCACUUCUCUGUUCAGUUUAGCAUGAAACCAGUUCUCAGUCAGGUCUCAUAGACUAGACGUAACAUAGUAAAUGUAAAUCCUUGACACUCAAAUUAGUAUGGUUUCUUUUACAUUUGGUACGUUUGGUAUAAGAUCUAUGGUUACUUCAGGAAAAAAUGGAAGUUGGGUGGUUGGCUGGGCACAUAACAUGAAUGUCUAGCAACCCAAAGGUUGUGAGUUCGAAUGUUGUCACGGACAACUUUAGCAUUUCAGCAAAUGUUCAAGUAUUUAUUACUUUUUUAGCUACUUUGCAACUACUUAGUGUGUUCGCUAAUCCUUCCCCUAACCUCAACCCUGUAACAUAUCAUACUAAAUAGAGUGUUUUGGAUUUACAUACAGAAUAAUACGAAUUUCUCUUUGACCAGGUUGGUGUUCUGCAAUAGCCAGGUAAAACACCAGCCCAUUUUUCUCCUUGAGGUUCCCAUACUGGCCCAUUAUUAGCACUAUGGCCAGUCUGUUUCUCGAAACACCCAAAUAGUAUUCUAACUAGGCCCUUAUCAAUCUAUAAGAACAGAAUAUAUUGUCAACAGUCACUAAAUUAGUUUUCUUUUGAGAUAUCAUUUGAAAUGUUUUAUGUUGCUGUGCGUUGGUACCAAAAGCCUAUGUUGAGUGGAAUCAUUUGCAUUCCCUAUGCAAAGAUAGGCUACCCUUUUUUUUUAGAACUGCAGGCAAUAAACCGCAGAUGGACAAUGGCACAUCACAUAUCUUGCCCGAGAGACCUUUGAAUUUCCUGUUCUACAGAACCUGUCACUGUGACGCAAGUCUAAUUAGUGAUGCAAUUGUUGUGCUUGGAUUAUUGUUUUACUGUCAAUGAUGCUUUGCCAUACACACCAUGCACGUGGAAACGGGUUGAGAAAAGAGUAGUUAUUUUGUGUGAAUGUUGUUUGAAUGGAUGCUUUCUCACUCGUUGAUGAAGCAAACAAUGGGUGACUCACGUCUGAAGUUUCCCCAUCGACACAUCACAACUGAGUGUGGUAUUCGAGCAUAUUUUUGUGGUCGUCAGCAAUCUCUUGAUCAGCACUGCAAAGAAACAGCUUGUGUGUGUGUGAGAGAGAGAAAUAUAAUGCAUCAAAAGAGUCGCAGAGCGUAUCAAAACUAUAAGAUUGCAUUGAGGAAUGAGGAUAUGAACUGUUUUUAUUCCCCAGGUCCACUUUAAAAAAAUAAUAAUACUGUUUUUACACAUGUUGGGUUGAGGUCCUUUUUAAUUGGUUUCUUCUGAAACUUCUUCUUCGGCUAUAUCACCAAUAAUCAGUAGUCAGUGUAUUUAACAAGGCCAGAUAAGUUUAUCUUUAAUCUGUCAAAUGCUUUUCAUCCCCAGUUCAACUGACUAGUGGGUGUAACUGCAGGCGUGUCAGUGUGCUUGAAUACCCACCAAUCAUAACUACACUGAUCACAACCAGGCCAGCAAGUCUCCCAACGUGGACUCAGCAGUGGAGAGAGAAUUCUCAGUUAAGAUGGAGAGGAGGGAAAGUUGAGCCACCCUUGUUUCUCGGAAACCAAGAUGUGUCGUUUCACCAAAUAUUUAGAAAGAGGUUAUCAUUUCACGGAGUCUGUGAAGGAAGAAACCACAUGGAAAAAGCAGUAAGCUAGUGUUGUACACAGUAAUUCAGAGUCAAAGUGGACAAAGUGUCAGAAGCAGAAUCCGAACUGUCAAGAUGACCAAUUCUAGCAGCAGCCCCGGCUACUGCCCUCUCAUCCAGGCCAUGGUGAACGCCAGCGUACCCUCCAACUCCUCGGCUGAGGUGGGGGCUCUGAGCCUGGCCACUGUGUGUCUCCACGGCCUGGUCUCCUCCUUCGGCAUCCUGGAGAACAUCCUCAUCCUGGGGGUUGUGGGUUUCCGUGUCCGCCGUACCGUCAUCAGCGUGUGGAUCCUCAACCUGGCUGCCUCGGACCUCUUGGCCACGGCGUCACUCCCCUUCUUCACCAUCUUCCUGGCCCGCGGAGGCACCUGGACCCUGGGGACCACCUUCUGUAAACUCCACUCCUCCAUCUUCUUCCUCAACAUGUUCGUCAGCGCCUUCCUGCUUGCGGCCAUCUCUCUGGACCGCUGUCUGGUGGUUCACAAGCCCGUCUGGGUCCACAACCGGAGGAACGUGCAGCUGGUCGGCAGGGUAUGUGGAAUCAUCUGGGCCCUGGCUGUGCUCUGUACCGUACCGUACUACCUGUUCCGGGAUACUAUUCAUCGGCGUGACGGGAGGGUCAUGUGUUACUAUAACUACGCUCAGUAUCUCCCAGUUAGGGAGUUUGACCUAGAAGAGCUGUGUGAGGCACGCCAGGAUGCCCUGGCCUUCUCUAAGCUCCUCCUGGCCUUCAUUCUUCCCCUGGGGGUCAUUGUGUGGAGCUAUGUAUCAGUGACCAUUGGUAUCGCGCGGCGUGGCCGCAACCGGCACCCUUUCCGCUUCGUUAGACUAGUGGUAGCAGUGUUGAUGAGCUUUGUGGUCUGCUGGGCUCCAUACCACGUCUUCAGCGUCCUGGAGGCUGUAGCUCAGUAUCGACCCUCCCUCCGGGGCCUCGUGGCCAGCGGCCUGCCCCCCACCGCCAGCCUAGCCUUCCUCAACAGUGUGCUAAACCCCAUCCUCUAUGUGUUCAGCUGUCCGGACCUGUGCCAUAAGAUCAGACAGUCCCUUGCGGCAGUAAUGGAGAGCGUGCUGGCGGAGGACCUAGGGGAGUGGUCACGGCGACAAAGCACGCAGAGAUCUUCCAGCAGUACCUCAGAGCUGCUGCUGAGGGGGAGGAGGUCCCUCAACAAUGCCCCCAGCCUGAGAGGAAGAGACUUCAGGGCGGAGGAGGAGGAGGCGGCACAGAAGACGAAGGAACCACACCCUGCUAACUGAGAAGGUGUUGUGUCAAUGACAGUUCCGAUGCCAAAGCCAGGUUCCCGUCUAGGUUCUGCAACAGUGGGAUACAUAAUAAUCCGUUUAUAAAUCAUUGCAUUUUGAAUCUGUGUAAUGUACAGCAUAGACGCCAGAAGGAUUGAGGAAUAUAUCUUGUGUGGUUUGCAAUGGUUUCAGUAGUGUUAAACCAAAGGCCCAGCAAUGUGCUAGUAUGCUUUUAUAUUUGCUUUUUGCUUUUAUACGGUACCCAUUCCAAGUAGGCUCUGAUGCACCACUUUUCAAUUGCAGACUUGCCUGCUAAUGUAAAUGGUGACCCACUGGUCUCGCUUUGGCAAGUCACUACUAUGGAAUUUCUGGACGCUCUUAGUUAUUGAUGGUAAAAGUCCACUGGGGCAGACAUGCUUGAACCAAGUAUUCUACGACUGUACAUAUGAUUGUGGAACCCUUGACACAUAUCUUUUUAAUCUAUCCAUUCUCUUGGGUAUUAUUCCUAAGGUGUGGAAGGUGGCCCUUGAUCUCCCGCUCCACAAAGGAGGUGAUCCAUGCUAUCUUCGUAAUUAUCACACAAUCUCAAAACGUUCAUGUCUAGCGAAGAUAUUAGAAGUCUCUGUAAAUUCUCAGCUGCUCUCCUUUUUUAGAUGGAAAAUCGAUUCCGAAUGCUCACCAGUCAGGCUUUAGGCCAGUACAGAGCACCAUCUUGGCUGCUUUAUAUGGUUAACGCGCUAGGAAACAGCACCGCACUGCCCUUUAUAUUGAUCUGUUGAAAGCAUUCGAUAUGGUUGAUCAUGCACUCCUGCUACGGAGGCUAUCUGAAAUUUGUGUAGACCAACUGGCCUGUGGCUGGUUCAAAAAUGAAUCUACACGACAGACGUAAAUGUACACUGAGUGUACAAAACAUUAGGAACACCUUCCUAAAAUUGAUUUGCACGCUCUUUUGUCCUCAGAACAGCCUCAUUUCGUUGGGGGAUGGAUUCUACAAGGUGUCAAAAGCAUUCCACAGGGAUGCUGGCUCAUGUUGACUCCAAUGCUUCUCACAGUUGUCAAGUUGGCUGGAUGUUCUUUGGGUGGUGGACUAUUCUUGAUACACACGGGAAACUGUUGAGCAUGGAAAAACCCAUCAGUGUUGCAGUUCCUGACUCAAACCAGUGUGCCUGGCACCUACUAUGAUACUCCGUUCAAAGGCACUUAAAUAUUUUGUUUUGCCCAUUCACCCUUUGAUUGGCACAUACACACUCCAUGCUUCAAUUGUGUCAAGGCUUAAAAAUCUUUCUUUAACCUGUCUCCUCUUCAUCUACACUGAUUGAAGUGGAUUUAACAAGUGACAGCAAACAGGGAUCAUUGCAUUCACCUGGUCAGUCUGUCAUGGAAAGAGCCAGUGUUUGUAAUGUCUUGUACACUCAGUGUCUGUCUGCUGAUGGAGUUCAGUCUAUUUUUUAAAAUAUUUUUUUUUACAUAACCAAGGAGUGCCACAAGGCUCAAUACUAUGCCUUUUACUGUUCACUAUUUACAUUAAUAAUGUUUGUCCCUGAAUAAUAAAAAUGGGCUUACAUCUC